AUGUUUAGAGUCCCUCAAUUGACCGCUAGAGUCUCCAGAAUGGCACCAUUGCGUGCCCCAAUGCCACGUACCUUCUCCACUUCACCAAUUACUAUGGCUAAUGGUAAGGUACUGCUGGUCCUUUAUGAAGGUGGUAAACAUGCUAAGGAACAAAAGAGAUUGUUAGCCGGUAUUGAAAAUGAAUUAGGUAUCAGAAAAUACAUCGAGUCCAAGGGUUACGAAUUGGUUAGUACUACUGAUAAGGACCCUGAACCAACUUCCACAGUCGACAAACAUUUGAAAGAUGCAGAAAUCGUCAUCACUACUCCAUUCUAUCCUGCAUACAUCACUAAAUCAAGAAUUGCUAAUGCACCUAAUUUGAAGUUAGCAGUUACCGCAGGUGUUGGUUCGGACCAUGUCGACUUGAACGCAGCCAAUCAGAAGAAGAUUACAGUUGCGGAAGUUACUGGAUCUAACGUGGUUUCCGUCGCAGAACAUGUUCUUGCAACCAUUUUGGUGCUUGUGAGAAACUACAAUGGUGGUCACCGCCAAGCUGUCAAUGGUGAAUGGGAUAUUGCCGGUGUCGCCAAGAAUGAAUAUGAUUUAGAGGACAAGGUCAUUUCCACCGUCGGUGCAGGUAGAAUUGGUUACAGAGUUCUAGAAAGACUCAUUGCAUUCAACCCUAAGAAGUUGUUGUACUACGACUACCAAGAUCUACCAGCCGAAGCUAUCAAGAAAUUGAACGACGCCAGUAAGUUGUUCAACGGUAAGGAUGAUAUUGUGCAAAGAGUUGAAAAACUGGAAGAUAUGGUUUCCCAAUCUGAUGUUGUCACUAUCAAUGCACCAUUGCACGAAGGUACUAGAGGUCUUUUCAACAAGGAUUUGAUUUCCCACAUGAAGGAUGGCGCUUACUUGGUUAACACCGCCAGAGGUGCUAUCUGUGUUGCUGAAGAUGUUGCCGAUGCUGUUAAAUCUGGUAAAUUACGUGGUUACGGUGGUGAUGUUUGGGAUAAGCAACCAGCUCCAAAGGACCACCCAUGGAGAUCAAUGAACAACAAGGACCAAACUGGUAACGCCAUGACCGUUCACAUCAGUGGUACUUCUUUGGACGCCCAAGAGAGAUACGCUCAAGGUGUUAAAAGCAUUCUUGAAAGUUACUUCUCCAAGAAAUUCGACUACCGUCCACAAGAUGUCAUCGUCAAAGAUGGUGAAUACGCUACUAGAGCCUACGGUCAACGUAAGUAA